AUGCCGCCGAAUCGAACAUCUCGGAAGGCGGCAUCCGAAAGAGCCUGCUUGGAGUGUCAGAAGAGGAAAACUAGAUGUGUUGCAGCGGCAGAAGGUGACGCAUGCGCAUACUGUCAAAAGACAGGUAAAACAUGUGCCUUCGAUGGCCCACAUGAGCGAACUCCCUUGACGCGGCGCAAUCUUGAUGCGGCCGAAGCGCAUUGCAGGCAACUAGAGAUGCUGUUGGAAGAACUACAAGGAAAUGCCAACUCUGGUGCCGAACAGACAGAAGCAGAACCAAGCCAAGAGAUUCGCGUCGAACCACGCCGACAACUCAAUGCCGAGGAUCCUCCAUCUGGACCAUACGAAUGGAACGAAGGUUUGGAUGCUGGGACAAACGAUCCAUCGCCAGAUGGUGAAUACUCCCGCGAUGGAAUGGCAUCACUUACUCGUCAAGGCCACGGGGCUGGUUAUCUAGGCAAAAGCUCUGGCUUUGAGAUCUUGCAAUCGGUUUCAUCGCUUCUUCCAUCCGGGGUCAAUGCGACAACUCGUAGUACUGGAUUCGACGCUGGAGUCUCACCAACUGCUGCGAAUCCCGGCAUCUUUGCAAGCAUGAGCAAUCAAUCUCUGGCCACAUCUUCCAUCCAGGAGCAAUUGAUCACAGCCUACUUUCUGGGGUACAAUGCCUACUAUCCUAUCCUGCACGAAGGCACAUUUCGAAAACAGUACGCAGCACGGAAGCAAAUGUCUCCCAGGUCAACGUGGCACAUCACGUACUACAUGGUGCUUGCCGUCGGUGAGUGGGUGUCAGGCUACAGCAGUGAGGAGAAUUCGAUAUACUACGAGGCUGCACGAUCGAGAAUCAGUCCGGAGGUCUUGGAGUCUGGCUCGCUAAACAAUGUCCAAGCGUUUCUGCUACUGGGCAACUACCUGCAGAAGCGUGACAGACCAAACACAGGAUACAACUACAUUGGAAUAGCGCUGAGGAUGGCGCUUGGCCUGGCACUACACCUCGAACUACCUCCAAGCGCAGGCGUCAAGCCGUUCGAUUCUCACCGCAGGCGAAUUCUCUUCUGGAUACUUUGCUGUUUCGACUGCUGGUUCAACAUCACAACUGGUAGACCAACUCUCAUUCCAGACUCCUUUGUCGAUAUUCGUGUUCCGUCAAACGUGGACGAGUCAGGGCUUGAUUCCGCGUCGACUGUUGUUGGGGAGGUUUCAUAUCCGACCACUUCGUCGACUGUGAUCGCUCUGGCAAGACUUACGAAGAUCGCCAACCGAGUAUUUACCCAAUUCAUGUGCGUCAGUCCAUCUUCAGAUAUUGAUCACCAGACCUCCGUCAUGGAGCACAUGAUUCAUACCUGGCAUACUUCAUUGCCGCCAUACUUUUUCGACUCUAACGUCCCUUCUUGGUUCCUGGGUCCGCGACAGAUCGUGCUGUGGAAAGAGUCGAAUCUCCUGAUACUGCUACUCUUAUCGAGUCAACGGCAUCACAAAGACGAGCACGAGAAGCUGUCACUCGGAGCAAGGUGUCAGUCUGUGUCAGCGAAUGUGAUUUCUGGCAUCGCUUCAUUCUGCCAGACGUAUGCUCAAAUUCUCCAUUGUGGAUUAAGCUGGUAUGCUGUGUAUUUUACUUUGCAAGCAACACUUUCGUACAGCGCACAAUACAUCUUCAAACGUCGCUUGUCUAUUCACACGCAAGAGGAAUAUCAGGAUCACGAAACUAUCAUUGGUCAAGCUUGUCAAUGUCUCCAAAGCUUGAUCAGCACAAGCAGUGCAGCAGCGCGUUCUCUUCAGAUUGUACUGCGACUGCGAGAGAUGCUCAGACAGGCUGCAGGUGCUCAAACUGGAGGCACAGAAACCGAUCAUUUCGGUGCUCAGAACGAGCAGCAUGCAGUACCAGGCGGGCAGGCAGGAGAGCUAGAUCAUCGACAUGAGCUUUCUUUGCAGAUGGCACAGGGAUUCCAGGAUGGCGUCUUCCAACCAAGUCCUUCGAACGUCGGCUCUUACCAACCAUUCGAUUCUUACGGCAUCGCUGAACUUGUGCUCAAUGAAUGGAGUCUUGCUGCAGAUCCGUCACUACAAGCACUUUUCGACGGCAUGAACGACGUUGGUCAUCCUUUCCAGAUCACAGAAUAG